AUGGAGAACUACUUGUAUGAACAAAACCCACAACUUCUAGCGUUCGUGAAUAAAAGUGUUGUUAAGUUGACACAGAAUGUCGAAAGAAAUUUAAAACGCAAUUACAUCAAGAAACUAAGAUGGAUAUUCCGGAUGCAGAAUAUUAAACCGAACAAAAGCGGAAACACCCAUAUCACCGCAUGGGAUAACAUCGUACCCCCACAAUGCAUUUUGGAAGCCUUGGAUUACGGUCCUCUUUAUGCUCCGCCCCCUUUGCCAAAGCCAGAGACCUUCAUACCGGAUAUUGAGUUGGUCAUUAAGGGCAUGAACGAAACAAAUCAGGAUUUUAUUCGUUGGAAAACCAGAUUCCGAGCGACAAAGGAGGUAAAAAGCAAUGGGUCGAACACACGGCGAUUUCGAAACAUCAUAAAGAAUUCGAGACAUUGGUUACAACAGAACAACAUAGUCCUAAUGAAGGCCGAUAAAUCGAAAGGAGUGGUAUUGCUAAAACAAUCAACCUACAACGAGAAGUUACGUGAAUAUAUUGCAAGCACUGAAUGUCAACCAGCACCCGUCCAUUUUUUAGAAACCCUGCAGCAAAGGGUCAAAAGGUUCACGUCCACUCCUUUAGCACGGCUCUUACAUAUGCAAAACUCCAUCAUCCGUGCACCAAGAGAACCGAGAAUAUUUGCUUUCGCCAAAACACACAAACCGGGAUACCAAAUACGCCCUGUUAUAGAGAAAUGUAACUCUCCAACAUUCUUAAUCGAAAAACAACUGGUCAAAUUCUUUCAAUCUAAAGCUCAUCGCCAUCCAUUCUCGAUUAACAACUCACUACAACUAAUAGAAGAUCUCAAAAACAUUUCUUUAAUGGAUGAUGAAUAUAUGACGGUCUUGGACUUUAAGUCGAUGUAUCCAUCGAUAAAAUUGUCUCCUUGCUUCUGCGCAUUAAGAGAUUUUUUAUUUGCCAAUGUUGAAAAUGCGACACAUCAUCACAAUCAAAUACUAGAACUUGCGCACCUGGUGUGUUAUACAUCGUUUUUUGAAUUUGAGAACAAAUUAUAUUUGCAAGGAAGAGGCGUACCAAUGGGUAGUCCCACUUCGGCAAUUCUAUGUGAGUUGGUGUUACGACAACUCGAAAACAAAAUUCUACCCGAAUUCCAACACCUUAUCAUUUUGUACGCCAGAUACGUCGACGAUAUAUUCAUCUUGUAG